AAACAAACAGCGGUGAGAAGACCAGCUCGCCUUGGUGAGUUCACGUAGAGAGGCAAUCCCAGGAAGGUGCACCGACGCAUUCGUGGUUUUUCAAACUCAGCUCCUGCCGCAGUGAAAAGGUCAAAUUCGGAAGGACAAUUGCAAGAUCCCAUUAUCAAGAAAACCUCGACGUCCUCGCCCCUUCCAUCUGACCACUUUCCCUACCAUUCCCUCGGUCUUCGUUCGGCAAGUCAAGUCUCCGUCUUGUCCCACCACUCGCAAGCCGCGUCGCAAAGUCUACUCAACACUACUGCGGGUGCGACUUUAUUGUUAGUGGUAUCGGUGGUCCGGUGGUGAGAGCAUUUCGUUCGACAUUAAAUCGUUCAAUCCGAGGAACAUGCCGGACAUCAAGUUAACGUAUUUCGAGACCACUGGGAUCGCCGAGGCGGUGAGGCUGAUUUUAAGCUACGCGAGGCAGCCCUUCAUCGACGAAAGGAUCACCCUGGACGACUGGCUCGAUCGGAAAUCUGAAAUGCCCUUUGGACAAGUACCGGUUAUCGAGAUCGACGGGAAACGCUAUCACCAAUCGAUGGCUAUCGCCCGAUAUUUAGCGAAGCAAUAUGGACUAGCAGGAAAAGAUGAUAAGGAAAACAUGGAGAUCGACUCAAUCGCUUAUUCAAUCAACGACUUUCGAAUAUUUUUCACCGAGGUUUUGUGGGAUACUAAUCCCGAAGAAAAGGCUAGAAAGAGAGACAUCGUCAUUAAGGAGAAGAUUCCGUAUUUUCUAGAGAAGUUUGAGAAGAUCAUCGAAGAGAAUGGCGGCUUCUUUUACGGGAAUAGGGUGACGUGGGCGGAUCUUAUGUUUGUGAGCUUGCAACCCUAUUUUGAAGUCGCCAUUGGAUUCGACAUUCUACAAGAAUAUCCCUUCUUGAAGGAGUAUGCUGACAAAAUCUCCGAGAUUCCUGGGAUCAAAGAGUGGAUAUCUAAAAGGCCAAAGAAAUGUUGUAUUCGAGAUUUGAAUAUUGCUUCCGUAAAUUCCUCUAAUUCGUAGUUAUUCCUCGUCAUCAGUAAAUAGGUUCUGUAAAAGCUUGCCGGGUAAUUCAUGAGGCACUAUCCGCCUGUAAAUAAUGUUUUUUACCAUUGACUUCAAUAAUCUUAGGAAGAUCGACAAUAUAGAUUAUACCUCACGGUGUGAAAUCUUGGCUACGUUUACCUGUAUCUAUUUUGGAUUAGAAUGAUUAAUUAUACGAAAUACUCGAUGUAUAAAUAACGAAUUGAGAAGUGGGGGUCGCUGGUUUAGAGUAUUUUUAAUGUAAUUGAUUAAUGUAGUUUUAGGAAAUAUUGUAAUUGAACGUCGUUUUCACUAACGCAAUAUCAUUUGAAUGUCAGCGCAUAAAGGGGUAGGAUAAAAAAUACUAAUUCCUGAGCGACCCUUUUUAUUCUCAGUGGAAAAGAGCUGACGAUCAAUGUAUUUUAAAAUCGUUUUUAAAUUUGUCAGUGGCGGCAGAAAUUAAGAAAGUCGGCACGAGCUGUGCAACCCUUUUGUUACUCUUCUCUUUUUUAUUCUAGUACUAUGUGUGUAAUUAUGUUAGAGGUAAACUGUAGUUCUAUUUUGUGAUAUGAGAAUGAAUUAUUUUCCCGACUAUUUAAUUUCACUCCUUCUAGCACUUCGUUUAGCGGAAUCGAUUUAACAGGAUCUCAGCUUGUCAAUCAAUGAGAUCUCUGCGGUGGUCCUAAAGAUCAAGAACAAACAUCAAUGAGGAGAUUAAAUCUAGGUCGAGAGAGAUAGGAAAGAUAAUUAUCCGCGGAAGUCGAUGCCUGGUCUUUGCCCUCGUCAACAUCUCGAGUUUAGAGAUCGAGCUUCAUUUCGAUACUGAUGGUGUUAUUUUCCGUCCGAAGUAUCUGAAUUUUUUUUAUUAAUUCGAUGACAACGAGCUGUUGAUAUUUUCAUUCUUGAACAAAUAAUUUACGAGUCAUUUUUACUAAUAUCGGCAGUGUCUUGAGAGAAAGAUGCAGGUGAUUCAAAUUUGACUAGUAGAUUUAAAAUGAAAUGAAUUUAUUCACGGAAUUUUGAGUGAUCUACUUUUAUUUACUUAAUUUGGGCAUGUCUGUAUAUUAAUAUUUGUGUUAGUGUAUCAAUUCGUUACGUGGUUUAGCUUACAUUACCAAAUGUAUGUACAUCUUACUUUAUAAACAUACGUACAUGUAAUAUUUUCACUGUACGUUUUUCGAAUUGUUAACGUACGUCGUUUGCGGAUAAGAAAAGUGUUGGCUAGUUAUAAUAGAUGUGAUAUAGUAGAUAUGAUGAGGUAUUACAUGUAGUGACAAUUUGGCAUUAUGCUGCGAAAGAUGUUAAAUAAAUAGUAGACAAAUUUAUUCAGAA